CCCGUUGUCCUGGACUGUGCCGGGCUAGACACACGGAGUCUUGGAGCCCCCUCGGUCCCUUUAAACUGGAGGCUCGCGCGGUCUCGGGGUUUCCAUGACGACUACUUCGGAUGGGGGAUCCGGGCGAGGUCCGGCCGGGGCGCAUGCGCAGUGCGUGCGGCACGCAGCACGUCUUCCCGAAUCGCGCGCGCGGCUGUCGCGGGGCUCCUGAACCGCGGGCGGCCCGGCUCCCUCCGCUCGGCCAUGGCGCCCCCGCCGCCGUGCAGGCCCCCGAGGAGGCCGCCGCGGCUGCUGCCAGUUCUGCUGCUGCUGAGCGUCGCGCUGCUGGGCGCCCAGACCCGCGCAGAGCCCGCCGCCGGGAGAGCCGUCCCCGCGCAGAGCCGCCCGUGCGUGGACUGUCACGCGUUCGAGUUCAUGCAGCGCGCCCUGCAGGACCUGCGGAAGACGGCCUACAGCCUGGACGCGCGGACGGAGACCCUCCUGCUGCAGGCAGAACGCCGGGCUCUGUGUGCCUGCUGGCCCCCUGGGCGCUGAGAACCCUCAGCCAACUCUCCCUCAUCAAUAAAAACCCGGCCCCGAA